GUAGAUAUCAACAUGUAUAAUGUUUCCACCUGAGCGAAUUUACAUGUGAUUUCACGAAUACAUUUAUAAUAGAUAGAUAUCUUAUGAUAUUGUAUUGUGGAUCAUUUACACGGCAAUAAAUAUGUGCCGAAAUUUUGCUGUAUACUAGUUGGUAUGGAAAGUGAAUUAAAUGAACAGAAUAACUUGGAUGAGAGAACGCCUCUGUGUGAGGACGAGUUUGGAAGAACUGAUGCAAAUAACAGACCAGCAAAGUCGAAGGUGACGGUACGGCUAUGUUUGGCUGUGUUCUCGGCAGUGAUGGGGUCAGUGGAAUUUGGAUACAACACGGGUGUAAUCAAUGCUCCCGAAACGCAAAUCAAAACUUUCAUCAAUGUCACGAAUUACAACCGCACAGGAAAUCCAAUGACAGAUGUGACAAUUACCUCCCUCUAUGCCGUUAUUGUUGCAAUAUUUGCCGUCGGCGGUAUGGUAGGAGGUCUAGCGGCCGGUUGGUGGGCAGACUAUUUUGGAAGGAAAUAUGGUAUGAUGUUGAACAAUGUAAUCGGUAUAGCGGCGUGUUUGAUGUUAUAUCUCAGUAGAACCGCCACGUCUUACGAGAUGAUUAUCAUUGGUAGAUUACUUGUAGGAUUUUCUUGUGGUGUGUUUACUGGGUUGACACCGAUGUAUCUGUCAGAGAUCUCCUCCUCUAGUAAUCGUGGUGCGCUAGGAACGUUACAUCAGCUCGGAGUUGUUGUAGGCCUACUCUUGUCUCAAGUUUUGGGAUUUCCAGAAAUCCUAGGAAAUGUUGAUUAUUGGAAUCUUUUAUUAGGUAUAGGUUUAGUCCCAUGUGCCAUUCAACUAUUGACGAUGCCAAUGUGUCCAGAGAGUCCACGAUUUUUGUUACUGACGAAAAACAAGGAAAUAAAGUCUAGGAGAG